AAAAUGAACAAGACUGAGUAAUUGAGUCGGUGCUAGGUCUCAUCACUCCCCCCCUUUUCUCUCUCACUCUACAAACUCAUCUCCUUCACAUCCCCAAUCAAAUGCUUCCCAAUUCGAUAAUGACUGCUCUGAAUUCAAUCAAGCUCCACAUCUUCUCCAACCCUGGUCGUAUCUGUGUCUUCCUCGUCUUCCUAUGGGCUCAAUUCACCAUCAUCUCCCUCGCCCGCACCCCCACCCCCUGCUUCCCCGACCGCUCCUCUCCCCUCACCGUCCGCUACGUCAAAAUCCCCUCCCCCAACGCCACCACCACCACCGCCCCCGCCGCGCCGGAGCCUCCUCCGCCUCGAUACACCGACGAUUGCCCCUCCGGCCGCGUCUACGCCUACGACCUGCCCCCCUCCUUCAAUCGCGACCUCGUUCCCACCGCCUGCACCGAUCUCGACCCCUGGAAUUGGCAAUGCGGCAUCGCCCCCAACCACGGCUACGGCCAAGCCGCCUCCGAGCUCCGCCGCACCCUCCCCGGGGACUUCCACAAAUCGUGGUACCACACCAAUGAAUUCACUCUGGAGCUCCUCUUCCACCACCGCAUCCUCAAGCACAAAUGCCGAACCCUAGAUCCGGAUCUCGCCACCGCCUUCUACAUCCCCUUCUACGCAGGCCUCGCCGUCGGGAAGCACCUAUGGGGAAACGACACGUCAGCGAGGGAUCGUCACUGCGAAUUGAUGCUCACGUGGAUCAAAUCGCAGAACUACUGGAAAGUCAUGAACGGCUCAGAUCACUUCAUCUCGAUCGGCCGAAUCACUUGGGAUUUCCGCCGAUUGACCGAUCCGGGGAAAUCGUGGGGGUCGAGCUUCCUCAACAUGCCGUCGAUGCAGAGAGUCAUCCGAUUCAUCAUCGAGAAACACCCCAGCGACGAAAUGGACGUCAGCGUGCCCUACCCCACCGGAUUCCACCCCAAAACCAGCGAUGAAUUAGCCGAAUGGCAGAGCUUCGUGCGCGAUCACAAGCGAUCAGCGCUCUUCACCUUCAUCGGCACGGAUCGGAAUUGGGGGGCAGACGACCUCCGCCGCCUCCUGAUGGACCAGUGCCGCCGCGAAUCGAGCUCCUGCCGCGCCGUGGACUGCGGGGUGAGCGAUUGCGCGAGGAAUUCGUCGGUGACGCUGCUGCCGCUGCUGGAAUCGGAGUUCUGCCUGCAGCCGAAGGGGGACAGCUUCACGAGCAAGGCGGUGUUCGAGUGCCUGGUGGCCGGGUCGGUGCCGGUCUUUUUCACGAAGGGGGCGUAUGAGGAGCAGUAUGAGUGGUUCUUGCCGGGGGAGCAGGAGAGUUACUCGGUUUUUAUAGAGCAGGAGGAGGUGAGGAGUGGGAAGGUGGCGGUGAAGGAGGUGCUGAAGAGGUAUAGCAAGGAGGAGAUAGAGAGGAAGAGAGAGAAAGUGAUUGCGAUGAUUCCGAGGAUUAUCUAUUCAAAGCCUAAUGCAGGGGUCAAGAGUUUUAGGGAUGCUUUUGAUAUUGCUGUUGAUGGGGCUAUGGAGAGGAUUAAGGAUGAGAAAGAGUGGGUUGAUUUCUUAUGAUGACUCUCAAGAUUGAAGAAGAAGAGAUGAGUUUUGUUUUUUAGCUAUAUACAGAAAUGUGUACAAUGUAAUGUUAAUUUUGGGAGUGAGAUCUGUUUAUUGCAUUCAACAAAUCCACAUUCAAAUUUUGGA